AGCGACGCUGUCCCUAGGUCGCUAAUCCCAAAUGCACCGGCUCAUCUUCGUCUACACUCUAGUCUGCGUAAACUUUUGCAGCUAUCGGGACACUUCUGCAACUCCGCAGAGCGCAUCCAUCAAAGCUUUGCGCAACGCCAACCUCAGGAGAGAUGACAGCAAUCACCUCACAGACUUGUACCGAAGAGACGAGACCAUCCAGGUGACGGGAAACGGCCACGUGCAGAGUCCUCGCUUCCCCAACAGCUAUCCCAGGAACCUGCUCCUGACCUGGCGGCUCCGUUCCCAGGAGAAAACGAGGAUACAGCUCGCGUUCGACAACCAGUUUGGAUUAGAGGAAGCAGAAAAUGAUAUCUGUAGGUAUGAUUUUGUGGAAGUUGAAGAUAUAUCUGAAACCAGUACCGUUAUUAGAGGACGAUGGUGUGGACACAAGGAAGUUCCUCCAAGGAUAACAUCAAGAACAAACCAAAUUAAAAUAACAUUCAAGUCCGAUGACUACUUUGUGGCUAAACCUGGAUUCAAGAUUUAUUAUUCUUUUGUGCCAAGUGCUAAAGGCAGGCACACUCAGUACUGUCAACUUGUGGAAUCAGAGUCUGGGAGAGAACCCGAGACCAGCCACAUGUGCCAUAGCGGCUCCCUAGCCAGUCUGCUGAGUGAGGGAGGCGUUCCUUUCCCCAACCUGGAUGGAUAUCAAGAGGCCGUUGAAGAGUCAGGAUCUUCCAUUUUGCUCAGCACAGGUGUUCCUGUUACUGAGGAGACAGAGUCAGAAUGA